AUGUACGAAUGGCUGCUUGAUAUGUCAAUAUUCGUUGGAUUUUAUUUCAUUGCCGCUUAUUGCAUUGUAGUGGAAUUUUAUUUGGAUCGGAUUCAUCGCUACAACGGAUCAUCGCGAAUGGAAUAUUUACUUAAAACUAUAAAAAAAAGCAAAUUCAUUAAUACUUCGAGUAGAAAAUUAAUUGCCUUAAUAACCGGAGCGAAUGGAACGAUUGGCACCGAAAUAACCCGUUUAUUGCUACAACAUAAUUUUAAGGUUGUGUGUUUAAUUCGAAAUAGUGAUGACGAUUGGCUGGACAGUGUUAAAUACCAGCCGGAUUUAGUGAUGCAAUAUGUGGAUUUAUCCGAUCUUCGAAAGGUGAAGGAAAUGGCGAAGUCAAUCGCAAACGAAUAUCCUCACAUUGAUCUCAUUAUGUGCUGCGCUGGUAUUAUGCUGCAGCCAUUCAAGCUCACAAUAGACGGCUUUGAAACGCACUGCGCUGUUAAUCUUCUUUCCCAUGUCAUAAUGGUUGAUUGCUUACUGCCAUCCAUAACUAAAUAUUCCGCAGGAGAAAGCUGUAUCCGAGAUAGUCGCAUUGUGUUCUUAUCUUCCGCCACCGCACAUCUAGGAGUUUUCCAUUCCACGCUUGAGGAUAAUUCCCAAAUAUUUUAUACCUAUCGGAAUGGUUAUCAGGCUUAUUCAACAUCGAAAUUUAUCCUGUCUCUAUAUGUCGAAGAAAUGGACAAGCAAAUGCAGCAGAAGUCUACAGUGGUAAACCAACGGACGGUAACUGCCAUUUCCAUACAUCCCGGUUGCGUUGCAAGUGGUUUAUAUGAGUAUGCAAAUACUUUUAUCAAAACUCUGAUUUCCCGAUUUCUGUGGCCUAUAAUGAGAAAUCCAGCUUUAGCUGCAGCCGAAAUAGUAGCCCUCGGAUGUGCUGAUAAUUUGAGAGUCAAGAAAUUCUUUCUACAAAAAUCAGUGUUACUUUAUUUCCGUCCUAAAUGGUAUCGACAGCGUUUAUGCUCACAUAUCGAAAUCUACAAGCAUGAUUUACGCAAGGAGCCGGUCUAA